CUGAAGAUUUGGACGCUACGUUCUUUAGCAUGAGUCGUUUUAAACUAUUUUUUCCUUAAAGACGGAACAGAUAGAGGUAAGAUUAGUAGCUGUCAAAAGCGCUUAUUUUUCGCCGUUAGCCUGUACCCCCUUUCAUUUUUCGCGAACACUCCCUUUAAAUCAUUUUUCAUUUAUUAUUCUAUACUGUGUAGAGUCUUAUCUGUGUCUCAACCGCUCGCUCAACCAUCUUUUUGAGGAAAAAGAUCGAGUAUAGAUAAUCAAAAUUUAAAAAUGGGAAAGGUUGCAGUGGUAGGGGACUGGGGGGUUGGGAAAACCUCCAUAGUUCAACAAUUCAUAGCCAUGGGGGCAGGAUUUCCAAAGAACUACAGUAUGACCCUGGGAUGCGAACUGAGUACAAAACAAGUUAAUAUUCCUGAUCAAGAGGAAGCAGUAGAACUGCUCUUUAUAGAUUCAUCAGGAAGAGACAUGUAUGUAGAUUUACUGAAGACAGUGUGGGAGAAUAUUUCUAUGAUAAUGGUAGUUGUGGAUGUCACAAAAGAGGAAACUUACGGAAAAGCUCGACUAUUGAUUGAUCAUAUCAAGGAACUUAAUAAAGACAAAUCUCUAUCCGGUGUAGUGCUUGCAAAUAAAAUAGACCUAACAGAGAGAAGACAAGUACCAGCCAAGACUGGAGCCGAGUUAGCGUCUGGAUAUGGACUUCUUUAUUUUGAGUGCAGUGCUAAAAGUUAUCAAGGAAUAGAGGAACCAUGCUUCUACCUGGCUAAUGAGUGGCAUAAACUUCAUGCAGACACAGCUGACAGUUUAGCUAUAAUUGCGUAAACUUCAUGCAGACACAGUGACAGUCUAGCUAUAAUGUCGUAAACUUCAUGCAGACACAGCCAACCGUCUAGCUAUAAUUGUGUAAACUUCAUGCAGACACACCUGACAGUCUAGCUAUAAUUGCGUAAACUUCAUGCAGACACUGCUAACCGUCUAGAAAUUGCGUAAACUUCAUGCAGACACAACUGACUGUCUAGCUAUAAUUGUGUAAACUUCAUGCAGACACAGCUGACCAUAUAGCUAUAAUUGCGUAAACUUCAUGCAGACACAGCUCACUGUCUAGCUAUCAUUGCGUAAAUUUCAUGCAGACACAGCUGACUGUCUAGCAAUAAUUGCGUAAACUCCAUGUAGAUACAGCUGACCGUCUACCCAUCAUUGCAUAAACUUCAUGCAGACACAGCGAACCGUCCAGCAAUCUAUGUAUAAACUUCACGCAGACACAGCUGACUGUCUAGCCAUCAAUACAUAAACUUCACACAGGCACAGCUUACCAUCUAGCCAUCAUUGCAUAAACUUAACACAGACACAUCUGACACUCUAUCCAUUAUUGCAUAAACUUCAUGCAGACAAAUCAAACUGUCUUUACCAUCAUUACAUAAACUGCAUGCAGAUACAGCUAAAUGUCUAGCGAUCUAAUCUAAUCUAAUCAAAUCUAAUAAUUUAUUUUUCCGUUGAAAAUAUGACAGGUUGUGCAUAAAAAUUACAUAUCUAUAUGAUUAAUAUUUAUUAUCAACGGAAGGAAGCCAGCCAUAGCAGAGCUGUUUUCAGGUUGGUUUCCUGGCAGUUUACCGUGGUAUUUAUUAGAACUGAAUUGAUACGUCGUGGGACUGAGUUUGGAGAAGACGGAGGAACAGGGUCAGAUUUGCUUAAUUAACAUGUUAUAAAUUUGGUUCUUGAUUUGUGACAGUAAACAGAAAAAUGCAUAAACUGCAUGCAGAUACAGCUAACUGUCUAGCCAUCAUUGCAUAAACUUCACACAGAUACAGCUGACGCUCUAGCCAUCACUGCAUAAACUGCACACAGACACAGCUAACUGUCUAGCCAUUAUUGCAUAAACUAAUUGCAGAAACAUUUGACCGUCUAGUAAUCAUUGCAUAAACUUCACAAAGACACAGCUGACCGUCAAGCUAACAUUGCAUAAACUUAAUGAAGACACAGCUAGCUGAACGCUUUUAUUGAAAAACGUCAAACAGACUAAGCUAAGUCUAACAUUCAGCUAGCUAGCAC